ACUGGCUCGCCUCUGAGGCUGAUUACUAACACAUUGGAGUCCGUUCAGAGCACCACACCCACCUUUGUUUUUGAGGGAAAAGCUGCUAACUUGAUCAACACAGGCUGAACAGACAUGGAAGCUGCAGUUGGACUGUUGCUGGUGUUGCUUAGAGUCUCUCAUGGUGUGAAAACUCACUGUGAUGGCAGACAGGAUGGAGCUCAGUGUUAUGGAGCUUUGGGAGGAACUGUGGACAUCCAGCUGAUGGACAGCACCUCAGAAAUACCUAGAUACCAACUGUUAAAGAAUUCAUUAGUAGUACUAUUCGUCAGAAAUAAUAAGGUUCUUUCUAAUACCACAGAACGCAGGUCUCUCUUUUUUUCCAGUAAUAGAACAUUUAGGAUCAAUAACCUGAGCAGGAAUGACAGUGGUAAAUAUACCCUUCAAACCUUUGAUUCAGAUGGACAUUCAUCAGGCGAGUGGACUUUACAGUUGUUUUUUCAAGCUCCUGUGUCCUCUGUCCUGCUGCUCUCUGAGUGUCUGUCCCAGGGAGAGAGGAGGGUGUCCUGCUCCUCUCAGGGAGGGGACAGUCCUCAGUACAGCUGGACUCUGGAUGGACGCACACUGACAGAUGCUGAGCUCCUUUCUGUAAAUAAUAAGACUAACAUCAUCACUCUGAAACAGCACGUCCUAGGACGUCUGGUCUGCUCAGUCAGGAACAACGUCAGUAAUGUCCCCAAAGAAGAGAUGAUAUCUACCUGUGGCUUUAUUUUCAUUAACUGUACUUCAGUCAAUGGGACAAAGAUAUCAGAGUGGGUGUAUGAAGCUAAUAACACCCUGUGUACUCAACCAAAACAGACUUCGAUGGGUAAAGACUAUGGAACUACCAUCAGUGAUGAACCAUGGUACAUUAGGAAUUUGCCACUGAUAGGUGGUGUUCUCUCAGCGCUGGUAAUUUUCUUGGUUGUUGGUGUAGCAGUCAUAUGUGCUCGGAGGAAAAAGCAAAACAGCAAACCUACAAAAAAGGAGGAAGAAGAUGACCAGGAAGUCUUUCCUGAUGCCAAGUUUGUCAAAAGGCCGGCAAACCAAGCUGAGAAAAAAGUGGCGGUGGAGUACGGCCAAGUCAAGUCUGCAAAGCGACCUCGGAAGCCUAAACCAACAGGAACUGAUUGUGUGUAUGCUAACGUCCAUAAAGUCAGGUGAUGAAGUGCUCAGUGCUUUUAGACAGACAGCUCCACUGAAGGUAGUUGGAGUGAGGAGCUGAUGUUAAGAUAUUCCUAAAGGUCCUUCAUUUAAUGUAAAUUCCCAGCAUAAAAAUACAAACCAUAGCUUAUAAAUGUUAAUUUACUGGAUUAUUUAACUUUUAAUGCACUGCUGUAUUAUAUCAGGUUAUUAACACAUCUGUUGUUAUAUGACCUCUUGAUUUAAUUACAAAACACUGAGUGUUUUCUGCAUCUGUACUCUGUGGAAGCCAUAUAUAACACAGGUUAUGACUGCUAUUUAGGACUCUUUCUCUUUUAACUUGACUAGUUUUUCACUUGGUAAAGGUUCGACUAAUGUGUAAAUAGAGACAUGAUAAAGAGAAAGCACUUCAUCCUUUAGGAAAAUAUGACUGUAUAAAGUCAUAAAGCUUCUUUUGAACCAUACAUGUUAUGUAAAAAAAAAAAAAAACAUCACUGGCUUUUAAUAUAUUUUUGCUUUUGCAAAGAUACGCUUUAACAAUGUACUUGUAUAAUAUAAAUUGGAUAUAUAUACCCCUGAGAGUGAGUACAUAGUAGUGAUGGACAAGUAGAGGAAAAAGG